UCAAAAGCCAUCAAACUAGUGGAGAACAUCAUGAAAAGUAGUUCAAUAAAAUUCACGAAAUCAAAUCCUCUAGAAUUAGGCAAUCUCAAUCAAUUUUCAACAUCAAAAACACUUGAUUUCUUUAACUUCUUUUUUCUGGAUUUUCAAUUCAUUUUACCUGGUCAAAAUAUUAAGCAUUACACGUGGCAGAUACCCACCAAUGACUAUUCAAAGUUAGCUGCCCCGUGCAAUGUGCAAAGUGUGAAUCCAAAGUAGAAAAUUUCACAUCCCUUCACAAACUCCGCCCAAGAAAAGUACAAAUGAAAUAGUUGGAUGCCUAAAGGGACCCACUUGAGCUAUUUCCCUGACCAAAAAAAUGAAAAAAAAAAUUGUGUCAAUAAAUAAUACUACUAUUAUCAGCAACUCCACAAAUAAAAGCAGACCCCAACUAUAUUUAUUUUCUCAUUCUCUCCGUUGCCACAUUUUCAUCUUCAUCCUUGAACACCUUGUUAAUCUUUGUCUAGAAUUUCAUACAUUUGUUUUUGAUGGAGGGUUUUAGAUCUAAAUCAUACAGGGAUGGAGGGAUGCAGAUGGAGAGUUACCACGGAGGGCCAAGUAACAUGCAAGACCUGAGAUGUUACAGUGCCAGUUAUGCUAAUUCUGUUCAGCCAAAUCAGCUUGGCAAAGAGAUUAAGAUGAAGAAAAGCAAAAGUUCUUUUGGGUCUUCUUCAAAAAGCUGGAGCUUUAAUGAUCCUGAGCUGCAGAGGAAGAAAAGGGUUGCUAGCUACAAGGUUUAUGCAGUUGAAGGCAAGAUGAAAGGGUCUUUGAGGAAGAGUUUCAGGUGGAUCAAAGACACCUACACCCAAGUAGUAUAUGGGUGGAGGUGAUCCAUGUGUACUCUCUAAUUUUUCCUUUUAGUAUUUUUGUUUUGUUCUUUUUGGGAUUUGUAUUAUUUUACUAUGUCGGUGAAUGAUGGAUGGGAACCUGGGAUUUGGGAAGUUUCCCUUUGUCUAAGAAUCCUGAAUCUGAAAUUUUCAUAAUGUUAUAUAGAAUAAUAUAUGAAUUAUGGACUAUCUAUGUGUACUUAUUUGGUAUCUAAGCAAAGCCAAAUUAUGAAAUUUGGAAAUUGAUGUUUCUUGGUUGAGUUUCUGAAGCGGGUGAGAUUAAGAUCCAUGGCAAACUCGAGCAAGUUAUUAAUAGCUUAGAUUGCCUUCUACCCAGAAGUCUGAUCAAAAUCUGUUCAUCUGACAUUAUUACUGAUAUUGGGAUUAUUUUGGCUUAGAUCAUGGUUUUGGGCUUUGAAUCAAGAAUAUCUGGUCAAGAUUUUCAAAGUUGGACUAAAUGAAAGGUACCGAUUCUGUCGGUUUAUUCCAGCUGCCGGUAAGUCAAAGGAGGGGAAACGUAGCACAAGAAGAAACCAUUGUUUAGACCAUCUUAAUGGAGCUUCAGUAAUUACAAUUAGGUUUCAACUUUGAACCGAUUUCAGAUAUUAAUUUGACUUGUAAACAAUUGAAACAUUUUUUAGUUUUUUUCCCUAGUAGUGUUUUGCUACAGUAUUUGUUGUCCCCUAAGAUCAGCACUCAGAAAUGCAUUCAUGCCAUAGGGCGGGGUGAAUGCUUACUCAAGUCAUAACAGGAACAGAGCAACGACAACUUCACGGUAAUAAUUCCCCUGUAAUUUAAGUUUUGGAUUAUUGCUACAAUUUUGUCAUAAAAACGCAAUGGUGUGGUGGGUGGCUUCAAAUAAAUCGAAUUUCUUAUGAUUCAGUGGAGUAUAAAGUUGAUUGUGAAAUUUUAUGGACAGAUAAUUUGUAGAGAUGUACUCUAAUUUGUAUUGUUCAUUUUUAUUUG